CCUCCACGCGAUCGCCAAGUAAGCGACAAAUGCAGCCUUAGCUCGUCUGUCCCCUCGAUUUUAUAACAAAAAAAAUCACGAAACAAUUAAAUUAAACUCAUUAAGGCGCUCGCGAACGCGCGGCCAUGGCUUCGAACCUCCCGCCGGGCGACCCCAAGCUGGUGUCCAACAUCGUGGGUCACCUCAAGUCGCAGGGAAUGUUCGAUCAGUUCCGUCGCGACUGCUUGGCCGACAUUGACACGAAGUCUACGUAUCAAAAUUUGCGGCAAAGGUUGGAAAAUUUUGUUUCAAACCACCUGGCGGGUAUCAAAUGGAGUCCUUCUUUAAACAAAAGUCAACUGAGAAACAGCCUUCGUCAAACGAUUCUCCAAUCAACCAUCCUAAAGGCCGCCUGUGUGGACCGGAUUGUGCAGCAGGUGGUGAAUUCUAAGAUCAAUGAGACAUUUCGACCACAGGUGGAGAGUGCUGUGCUUGAGUUUAUUGGUGGCAGAGUUCCUUCGGGUCCAAAAGGAAAGACAGGGCAACCCUCGAAUGGCCCAGGCGACUUGGAUAAACCGCAGGAAGUGCCACAGUCCAUCACAGAUGUACCAACCUCCACUCCAAGCAUCAGUUUGGCCAGCGAUGCACAGUCAAUCCUUGACUCUAUUACAUCCAUGAGCAGCACCAGCUCAAGCAGCUCCAAGCACCCAGCUGCAACUUCAACCGCCACUGCCACCACAACGGUAUCGUCUCCCACCUACAAACAACAGCCGGACACCAGCAAAGGAGCCUUGCCAGAAAAGAACAACUCUCAGUCGCCAGUCACGUCUGAUGUGUCCAGUCCCCUGCCAGAAAGUAGCAAGGCAGAUGUUAUAGAAAAUCCGACCAAUCCAAUGACGCCGGAUGAAUUGAUGCAUUCAAAAAUUAUUGACGAACUGAUGAAGGAUGGUAUGUGUGAUCUGCCUGUUUCGUUGCUACUGCAGCCGUCGGCAUCGAGUAAACAGUCUCACAGCAGCAAGGCUGAGAAGCAGGCUGUGUCGUCGCUCCCCAGUGCUGCGCCUCUAAAACCCAGCGCAGAUCCUCUGAAAACAGCGGCGUCUGAAAAGGCAUCGGAUCAACUACAAGCAAGCACCAGUGUGUCUACGCCUACGAAAGCCUUUGCUGAAAGCAGCAAAGGAAGUUGCUCCACGGUCAGGGCCAGUAGGAGGGCAGAAUCGGCGGACAGCAGCAAACUUAUGCGUUCAGUGUCCCCCGCACCUCCUCUGCUCGUAAAGGAGCACCACCUUUUUGCCGAAGAUGGCAAGGACGGCGCAACGGAGGAGAUCGUGGACGUGAAACCGAAAGAUAUACCACCCACGCUGCAGAGGUGUGUGUCAUCCGAGCUGAGUAGAGAUGCAAAGAAGAGCAAGAAGCUUGCUGACAGAAGCCCCAGUAUGGUUCGGAAGGAAUCCAAAGACGAGAGGAUGGAUCGAAAGGCAUCUGUGAAGAAAGAAGACAAGAAAGUGGAAAAAUCGCAUUUCAAAAAAGAUGAUGCUGGGAAGAAGGCGGCAGGCGUGUUUGAGGAUUCUAAAUUAAAAGCGGAGAAGUCGGAUGCAAGCAGUGAUGAUAAAUCGGACUCUCGCAAAGACAUUUCAGCAAUCAAAGCAUUGGCAAAGGAUAAUCUUAAAAAAGAGUACUCGCUGCAAGACUCGGACCUGGAGCAGCUGAGCGACAUCUCUGUGAGCUCCGUGCACACCAGUGACUUGUCUUCCUUUGACAGCGAGGACAGCGAUGCCGGCCAAAACAAAGAGUCCCAGGCAAAUGAAGAAGACGUCAAGGACAAACAAGAGGACAAGAAGGCGAUCCAGGUGAAGGCUUCCCGCACUUCCUACGUGCGCAAGCCCUUCCUCUACUCCAGAUAUUACAGCGACUCGGACGACGAGAACACCGUGGAGCAGUGUCGGCAGAAGAUCGCCAAGGAUAAGGAAGAACGGCUAAAGAAGAGACAACGUAACCGCGAGAGGCUGGAGGAGAAGCGCAAAAAGACCGUAACGGACAAAGAAAAGCUGAAACAGAAAAAGCCAGAUGAUGCAUCCUUAAAUGCCAAGCCGCAGGGGGAGCCUCAGAACACGGGCACAAUGAAGGAGACCCUUAAGGAGCUGAAGGCCCUGGAAAAGAAAAUGGCUCUAAAAAUCCACAAUGAAGGGAAAAAAAGGACCAAAUCCAAGGAGCCGUCUGUGCUGCCACCAGAUACACAUAAAAGAAAGCGUGAAAACUCAGAGCAAAGUGAAGAGCAGAGGAGUGCUAAGAAGAGUCGGAAUGAAGACUCUGACGGCAAGAAAGAGAGUCACAGUGAGCAGGUGAAGCACAAGGACAGGGACUUCAGGAAAUCCCUCGAUUUCAAGGACCGUAAGCGCUCCAUCAGUGUGUCCUCUACAACCUCUCGCUCUCCAUCCGUGGAAGAUAAAGGAGAUUUCCCUCAAAGGAGAACAGAGAAGUUGCACUCCAGAAGCAGGGAGAGGACUGCCGAGGACGGUUCCGGCAGGGAAGCUGGAAAAACGUCAAAAGACUCCGAAGGGUCGGCUAAACAUGAAAAGAUGGCCAGGAGGCCGAGUGAAAAAGAGCAGAAGUCUCUGAAGCCGACUAAGAAGGACAGUGAAGGCACUCAGAGGUCUGAUGGUCGGGAGAAAAAGACUCCUUCUAGCGGAAGCAAGUUAAUGCCAAAGCUGAAAUCUUCCGGAGAUGGAAAGCCCUCGGUGUCCGAUAAAGCGAAGAAAUUGUCCAGGGGGGAGCAUUCCCAUGGCACAAACCGCCCUUCGCUGAAGACAAAAGACAAACAAAGCAGUUCCAGAGUCCUGGAGAAGAGUGGCGAGCCUGCUCCAAUUAAAAGCAAAGAUGGCAAGGCGGAUGGUGGUCGGGGAAGUGAGAGGGAAGAGAAAUCCGCUACAGUCAGCAGGAGGCCGUCGAGCAAAGGUGUCCCACCGAGCGUUUCUAGCACAAGGACGUCUUCACCAACGGUCGACAAGGCAGGUCGGGUAGAAAAGAAGAAGUAUCACGGCACGCAGCGGGCAUCCUCGAGCCCCUCUGAUCAACAGCGCUCGGAGAACAGAGAGCGAAGCGCUGCGCACAAAUCCAACACUUCUUCUGGCACCCGCAAAGGCUCUUCAAGUGGUCUGCCAAAACCACACAAAGGCCAAGCUUCAGCGCAUACGGCGAAACCAACUGAGUCAUCAAAGCCAUCGUUGCCCGCCGCAGUGGAGGUGGACAAACGAGGUACUGCAAAAUCCAAAGAGAAUCUACCGACGAGUGAUGGCACUGGUGCUGUGUCUGAAGUAGUGGCCAAUGGCAGCAAGAGCAAAGGUAAAGCGCCUGUUGCUACAGAGACCUCACCAGAGAGUGCCACUCCCACUUUGGUCAUCAGCCCUGAAACGAAUGUUGAACCAGAAAGAGUGUGUGCGCUGGAAGGCGUUGGAAAGCCGCAUGCCCCAGAUGACGCUAUAAGCGCAGGGAAUUCUGAGCAUGCUGCACCAGAGGAUGACUCCAACAAACUGGCGAUCACCAGCGUGGCUAAAGAACAGUCGCGACGACCUGCAAUGGCAUCGCCGGCAAGGGAAGCAGGCAUUGGGCCCUGUGCAGAUACGGACGCGGUGGAACUUGAGACCAUGAAAGCACAGGAAGAGAGUUUGAACUCCAUGGAGCCAAACACAGAUGUCUCUCCUCUCAAUGGGCCUCCAAAGCCCGACGAGCAAAAUAAGGCUUUAAAUGCAGAUAGCACCACUGAGAAAACUGUUGCGACAUUGCCUUCAACUGACCAGGCUCUGCAAAUAAUUGAGAGUGUAAAUACAACAGCUUCCAGCACACCCACUGAUGGAACUGGCGACAGUACAGCAGCAGCAGAGGCUGAACGUUCAAUGGAUAAAAUUGGUGUCACUGCUUUAGAUAACGCCAAUGUUACCGCUACUGUAACAGAUAGCGUUGAAAUUAUUGGCAGGAUUGACAGUGCUCCUGAUACCAGUGCAACAGGUGGUGGUGGUGGUGGUGGAAUGGAAACUGCCAAUGUUGCUGAUGGAGCAGAUGCUGCUGAUGUUGUGGGUGCAGUAGCUCAUGCCAGUGUUACUUGUGCUGCAGCAUCUUGUGUUCCUACUGAAGGCCUUCCAAGCAGCAGCCCUGUCAAUGAAACGAAUGGAAAGAGGUUGAAAACCCCAGAAACACUUGCUACAUCAACAACUCAAGGCAUUGGCAUUUCAAGCCCCAAAGACCAAGCCUCAACUCCAGCCAUAACUCAAAGCCCUGUGGCACUCACAGAAUCCUGCACACCCACUCUGGGCUCUGAGGCCCCAUCACAAGGCGAAAAUGAAAAGAAAAAUGAAAAGACCCUUGUUGAGACUGAAGGCAGAAUUGAGCAGGUGGAGGCUGCUGUGGAGGCUGUACACAUUGACUCUGCAGAAGCUAAAACUGAAGGACUAAAAGAUGCUGAUCAAGUGGAAAGUCGCGUCAGAGACGGCAUGCCGCCGUCACAUGAUGAUGGCAGCCACAAGGAAGCCGAGGGGAUGGACAUCAAAGACCAAACUGGGGCAGAUAUAUUGGAAGCAAUUUCCAGCCCCACAUCCAGCUCCGAAAGUGAAAGAGAUACAAAGGCGGUGAAGCCGCUGGAAGAUGGGAGCGAAGGUGCGGCAAGCGAGAAGAGCGCAAAAAAGAGAGGCGCGCGCAAGCGAGACGGCUCCCCCACCCCUCCGCCCGGCAAGAGACGGAGAGUACAGUCAGACAAAUCGGAGGCUGAGAGUAAAGAAACCACAGAUUCUUCUGAAGCAGAAAAUUCCUCAAAUUCCGAAGAGAAAAUGCAGCGACCCAGCACACGCCGCAGCACGCGGCACGAGAAGCAGGAGAAGGGCAAGGAGCCCCCGCUGGCCCACCGAACGCGGCGGAAACAAGCAAAGUCCUCGACUGAGUCUGACUCUGGCCGUCAGACAAGGCGGGCGUCCGGCCAUCUGGCUGCCGAGGCCGCGCGCCAAACACGGAAAAAGACGGGUGGCCCAGUGUCUCCGAACCGCGAGGACAAGCGGACGCGGCAGGGAAAGGUUCAAGCAGUGCAGUCAAAACCACGUGGACGCCAGGCAAAACAAGUGGCCAAAGAGAUGGCGUCGCCGCAGCAUGAUGCUCGGCAGAAAGCCAGGCAAACUCGCGCGUCUGCCGGUCUCCAACCCUCGGAGUGCGAAUCUCCGUCGGCCGACACUACAAAGCAGAGCAAGAGAGGACGCAAAUCGUCGGGCUUUAAAAGCCCUGAGCUGCCCCGGCGGACGCAGCAGAUGCAGUCGGCAGUUUCUGCUGCACAAGCUUCGGCGGAGGAAGCACCGUCCUCAAAAGGGCCUGCAGAUCCUGAGCCCGAGUUGUCUUCGCAGAAAAAAGAGAGCGAAACGGGGGAGCCGGAAAAUACCUUGGCCGUGCCUGGCGAGCCUGUAAGCGACACUGAUCACAAAGGGGAGACGGCUGCUGACGUGUCUGGAAUUUCGAAAACGACUGUCAAUGAUCCUUCCACCUUACGGUCCCUGGAGUGUUUGCAGCCAUGCCCUGAAUCUUCAUUGGAUGCUUCAAAUGAGACAAAUUACUCUUCCGUGGAAAAACAAGGCUGUGAAGAGAUUCCCAGUGUAAAGGAGGGGUUACUUCAAAGUGAUGGCAAACAGCAAGCACACGAUUCCGAGUCCCAACCAGAAGCUGAAUCUCCCGCAGCACAUGAACCACAAGUGGUAACACUAGUUGAUACAACAAGGACUGUUGAGCCUUGUGAUUCUGCAAGUGCAGAGGAAAGCAGGCAGGAAAAUGAGCAACAGCCUCCUCAAAUGGAAGAAAUGGAUACUGCUCAACAGAAAUCCAGUUUAGAUAAAAAUGAGCCACAUUUACAAAAGCCAGGCACACAGGAAGCAGAAAAAGAGGUGGAAAAUCUCGAAGCGAAAUUUGAAAAGCAACUCGAGGCUGAGAGUCUGGCUGCGAAUUCGGAUCUUGAGCAGCCAGAAAGCGAACAUGAAACGGACUCGAAAACGUCUGACGGCGCAGAGGAGAAGAAGUCAUCGGGCAGCAAAGGCGCCCCGCCACAGCGCAUGCAGCUCAGAAGACUGUCGUCGGCUAAACAGGCGAAGGACGGUGCCGACGCCUCCCCGCAGAGCCGGCAGACUCGUGCCACGGCAAGCGUGGCGUCUGAGGCAGCGCAGCCAGCGCGGCAGGCCAGGCUGUCGGCUGCGGCAGCGGCCGCGGCGGAGGUGAAGGCUCUUGGCCGACAAACCCGCUCGGCGGCAGUCAACGCCGGUGACGUCGCUCAGCAGCAGCAAGCGAAAGCGACGCGGUCAUUGCAAGCCACUUCCGGCAAUGACAAACCCGUGUCGUCGGGAGGAGCUGGAAGAGGCCGCAGGCAGCCCACGGCCCCGGCACCCGAGACGCGGGGCAGCAGCAAGCGGGCGGCACCGCCACAGUCACCAGAGCCCACGCGCAGGAAGGCCCGUGGUGCCGAGCCUCCGGCCAAGAGAGGCCGCAGAUAACCGCCGAGCAGCAGAUGCACGCCAGCAGUGUUCGUUUUGUGUCACGACAUUACCACCGGAAAUAUUUUUCGCUAAUUUGCAUUUUCUAUUUUAUUUAUCAGUGAUGACUACGAGUGGACGAAAAUCGUCAGUCAUGACGGUGGAUGCGACUACCCAACAAGGGCUAAAGCGUGACUGACAAUGACGAGACGACAUUAACUAGUCUGAAUGAAGACGCACAUUAAGGUAAUGUGGUUAUUAGAGACUGGAGUGCACCGAGCAAGACCAACAAUUGUAAUUCAUAUAAAUGAGUUCGCUGAUUGACUGACAAUAAUCGGAGGGGAGAAUUUCACUCUCCCACGCCAGCAUUUAAUAACUCGUGGUGGACGACAUUUUAACUGCAAAAGUCGACGAGGCUAAUUAUUACUUCAAUUAAAUCUUCAGACCAACAUUCUACACCUUGUUGACUAGAUAAAGUCUCCCACUAAAAUUAAAGAUGCUGACUGAACGCUGUACGCCACCAGUAACCUUCACGCUGCGACACGACCUCAUUAGCAUUCACAAACCACGCGCGCCCCAUCAUCGUCAGCAACAGCGGCAGCAGCCCGUGUUAUGUGGUUGAUGCAUGGGCAUGCCACGAUUCACCGAUUUAAAUAGAUUAUUACGCUUAAGAUACGUGAAUCGAAUCGCGAAUGUAAAAAUGUAUGAUUUGUAAAUAGUUGUAUGUUAUUGUUUUUUUUUGUGCAGCAGCUAAGUUUUUACAUGCAUUGCACUGGUAAGACAUAAAAUUGCUUGAAACUAAUCUGGACAAUGAAAUUGUGACAGCUUGUUGAAUUUCCAUCGGAAUGAAUCGGUACAUGCUCAUAUCCAUGGUAGUGCUGUUCCAGGUUGAUCAUCCUUAAUUCGAUAUUAAUCUUCAGAAUGUGUUUAUUCUGAGUGAUAUCAACGCUCAUGUUAGGCAAUUGUUAUUGUUGACUAGCUGCCGGCAGAUUAGUUGAUAAAUGGUCCAAUGAAGGAAUUAACUUAGCAAGUUUAUUAUUCUAUGCCAACAUUCAACUCUCAAAAGGGAAACAGCCUAUGGGUACAUUCUUUCCUUAUACUUGCCAUCUAGAAAAGUGCCUCCUUAAAAAAACAUUUGCCUAUAUUCAUCACACUAGAUUCGAAGCUUUCGCGACUGCAGGAAAUUACUCUGGUUCUUUCGGUAAAGUCGCGUAGAAAAUAAAAUCAACGUGGCUUCACCGAAAGAACCAAAGAGUAUAUUCAUCGCCACGAUUGAUUUCCCGAUAGCUGCACAAGUUAUAUUUGAAGACGGCUCUCAUUGACGAGUGAUCGCUGUAAUGCUUAAACAACAAUCAAAUCCUGUGCAGAUUUCUACACCAUCACACACCGAGUACAAAAGAUACAUUUCUAAUGAAAGAGUUAUUGGUAUAACUCCUUGACAGUUCAAAAAUACAUGUUUUUUAUUUUCAUACUUGUUUUGAGUCACUUGUCAAUAAAUUAUUACAUUAAUUCUUACUUUUUAAAAGCCUGUAAGCAUGUAAAUUACUUGUGCUUAUUAUGAGUUGUGAUUUUUCUUGCCAGUCAUUCACUUUUUUAACAAUGUAAAUAUAUUCAAAGUUCUUUCAGCGGCAUUUGAAGCCAUAAGCUAUAGGUUACAAUGAUCAUUUCAUAUGAUGGAAGCCACCUUCUCCAAAGGAUAACUACUUAACUUCCCAAUGAGUGGUAACCAUAUGAUUGUGCCCAACUUCGCAGCACUCUUUUAAAUUUCAGUCAUUUCAUGUAGUUUCAUGUCCACUCGCCAUGGUAACUAAUGAGCAAGUCUAAAUCGGUCAAUUAUAAGACGUUUAAGGAACACAUUUGUGAAGAAAAGUAAGUGGGUUUGGGCAGCACAUCGCACGAGGGGUUGAUAGCCGGUGGUAGUGACGAAAGGACGUCCACCUCGGAGAUGGAGCAAUGAAUUGGCUCUUUAUCAGUUGGAUGUUCCAUCUCGAGACCACGAGGGAUUGUGAUGGCUUGGGGAGGCUUCCAUGCAGCAGUGGAUAGAUAAUGAUUGAUGGACGCUGAUAGGGUGAUGUGAUCUCCAAAUGAGAAUUGAACUCCCAGCCCUUCAAUUGUGUCACUUUGUCUUUUGAAAUGUAUUACAAAAUAAAAUAUUGUGAGGUAUAUCCACCUCUACCUACAUGAAUUAGGGAAACGUAGCAUGUAUUUGUAUAUUUGGGAUUGGUAUUCAAGCUACAAAUAUGUUUUGCUGAAGGUGCUGUUAAGACUUGCCUGUAAGAGUGAAUAUAUUUACCAAAUAGAUGCAUAUUCGUGUGGACAUUUGUUAUUGGGACCACCGCUUUGGCUGGGCACGGAUAAAGUAUUCAAUAUUAAGUUUAGAUAAAAAUGCAUUGCACAUCAGCCAUACCAGUCAUUGAGGUAUCAGGACAUAUCCUACACACUGCUUUCACAUUCUCAUCUCUGGUGCAACACUGAUGUAACACGCCUGUGAUUGCCCUCUCAUCCAGAUUGUUUGAACAUUUCAUUGGUGCAUAUGGUGGCACUGUUUAUGGUAUUUGGUGGACAAAAACAUCUUAACUGCGUUGUUGGGAACAGUAAUAACACUGUUCUGCAUGCACUGACAUCAGAUAAAAGUGCCUCGUGCAAGAAUAACAAUGAAUGCCCCUUCAUGAGAGUGGAUUUCGGUGGAGUGUUAAAAAGCUAAGCAUAUGGUAUAUUCUGUAAAAAAAAAAAACUUGAGUAUUGUCACCAAUUAGUAAAGCGUUUUGCAGUCAUAAAUGUAAUUACACCUUUGUAAGGUCAAAAUUUACUAUGAUAUUCUUGCUGGCGACUUUAAUAAAGAGAUAGACAUUUUAAGGUUUCAACAUUUUGAGUCGCCUCUGCAAGUAUGAAGUCUGCUUAUAUAAACGGCUGCAUUGUGUCAAAGGCGUAUAAAAUAUUUUGUAAUUAAAAUGUAAACGCUGAAUCUCGUGCUAUUUAAGCAUUCACACUCGGUAUUGCUGUUAGAUGAACUUAAUUAUUUGGCUGGUACAGGUUUGUUUAUAUUUGUAAAAGAAUUCAGAUGUUUGUGAAUACUUUAAUUCCAUUUUUAUUACCACUUAAAUAUUUGAAAACAUUGUCAUUUCUUGAUAAAAUAAUUAAGCGUGUAUAAGCGUUAUGCAAUAAACUUUGCAGAUGUUUGUGCCAUUUAUAAUUAACUUGUAUAUUUGCUUUCUUGGUUGUCGCUCAGAUUAAUGUGCUUUGGCUGAAUGUAAGCAAUCCAUAUGCGUUCAGGUAGCUCACAUUAACUACCUGGGAGUUCGGUUUUUUUCUUUUCAGAUUUUACUCGUGUAUCACAAUGCUGUAAAUAAUACGCAUUGGCGUUGGAGCUUUUGUGUGCGUUUUUUUUACUUUGUGGGUGCAAAUGAGUGAAGCAUCUACGUGAAUUGUAGUGUAAAAUAAAAGAAGAAUACUAAA